AUGAAUCAGAAGAUAGAUGACUUCAUACACUCCUUAUCCAAUCUAGAAUCCGUCUAUGAAGCCAAAUUGGAUCAUAUGCAGAAUCAUGUUACUGCUCAAGAUCGCUAUAUCUCCACUCUUGAGAAGUCCACUACUGAACUAUCUAAAGCCUCUACAUCAUCAUCCACCUCUCCAUUUCAGGCGUUCAGUGAGCAAGUUCAACGCCAAAUGGAUUCGUUAAGCUCUGACAUAGCAAAGCUAUCUGGUUCAACAAAAGUUGACAAAAUCGCUGCUGAUGCACAAUUAAAGGCUCAACAUAACAGAGCCAUGUUAGCUGAGAAGGAAAUGGAUCUCAUUCGUCAACUAGGGAUCAAUGAUCCAUCUCUGAAAGUUCCAAGAAGGAAAGAUGUCCACUUCUCUAAACCGGUCAUCAUAUCAGAACCAACCACUCAGUCAAAGCUUUCUCACAGUGAUCCCAACGAUAGGGAAAAGCAGAAGAUUAUCUUCAAGUCUAAAAAGGAAUUAGCUAAAGAAACUCAAAUGCAUAUAGACGAAGAGUUAGCUAAGCAACUAAAGGAAAAGGAAUUAAAGUCUAAACAAGAGAUGCUUCGAAAAAGAAAUCUCUAG